GAAGCCUCAUCUGCUUGGAUACACUCUCAGUUUCUCAGUGCUUUUAUGAGAAACACAAAGGAUUACAAUGCGAUUGAUUCAGCGAUUUCUCCUGAAACUGAACUGAAGGCUAUCCUGACAGAAGACUUUCUCAACAUGGCAAUGAGUUUUUCCCAGGACCAAGUGGCGUGUGUGUGUGAGGUUCUGCUACAGAGCGGGUGUAUUGACCGCUUAUCAUCCUUCCUUCGUUCUGUACCUUCUCUCUCGACGUGCUCUUCAUCCUCAUACCAUGGCCCACAGCACAGCAUGGAAAGUGUUUUGAAGGCGCGGGCUGCUGUGGCCUUCCAUCAGGGCCGGUUCAGUGAGCUCUAUGCUCUCAUUGAGGGCAACAUGUUCUCCCCACACAGUCACUCGCUUCUCCAGCAGCUCUGGCUCCGAGCACGCUACCUGGAAGCGGAGCUGCAGCGAGGGCGCCCUCUUGGAGCUGUGGGCAAAUACCGUGUACGCCGCAAGUUCCCCCUGCCUCGAACCAUCUGGGAUGGAGAAGAGACCAGCUACUGUUUCAAGGAGAAGUCACGGUGUGUGCUGAGAGAGUGGUACUGCAGGAAGCCCUACCCCUCACCCAGAGAGAAGCGGGAUUUAGCCACAGCGACUGGUCUCACAGCCACUCAGGUCAGCAACUGGUUCAAGAACCGCCGUCAGAGGGACAGAGCUGCUCAGGGCCGCAAAGGACAAAUGGAGGAUGCUGCGCCAGAGUGCUUGGGCUCAGACGGCGCAACUCGAGCUUCGUUCCACAGGUCUGACGAUGACCUUUCACCUCCAUCGAGCCCCAGCUCAAGAGAACUGUUGCCCUGCUCUCAGCUCUCCUCAUUUCAGCCUCCACCUCUCAGGCACCUGGGAGCUGCACACUACUUUCCCUAUUGAGGUGACUCCAGCCUUCAGUGCAGACUAAACACACUUCAGUGAGCUGGAGUAGGAACAUGGACAGACAGCUACUGCCCUCCAGUGACAAGAAAGCAGAAAUUCCCUCAUAGUCUGAUUAAUCUGUUUUCCAUACACUGUACAUGCCUUAUCAAGAAGGUUUAAAGAAAAUGUCUUUUCAUGCUACAGGAAAUUAUGACAGUGUGCAGUGUGUUUCAAAAUAUUAAUUUCCUCCUUAUCUACUUGUAUUUCCCCCUCAACUCUGUAUAAAAUAUACUUCAUAUUC